AGUGGCAACGAUAAGUCUAUAUGAAGUUCAGAGGGAGUAUUGCGUCGUAGUUUCCGUUCCAGUUUUCCAUCUGCCAUCAAGCCUGAAUGUCCUCCGAUGAACUUUCUGACAGUCAAUUCUCUGGAACUGGAAUCUUUCUUAAUGGCAUUUUCUAUGAAGUCUUCAUCAACACAUGAAACAGCUCAAGUUGAUUAGAAACAAAGGGGGGGGAAAAACCCCCAACAAAUUGGCGUGAAUUCUCAAGGACCGUUUGAGAAGGCAUCACACUUUUGUUUUAGGACAAACCAGUCAAAAGAAGGCGAUUUUCAUUGUUGAUUGACUAAUAGACAAAUUAAUUGCAGAGAUUCAGCUUUGUAUACUUUUCAAAUGUAUCGUCUCAAAGCCAGAGUAAAACGCCCAAAAGCUCUCCUCGUCGUGACACUCACUAUGAGCAUGUCUUUUCUAAUACUGUACUCGAUGCUCGACCUGCAGUAUUCUCACGCUCAAUCAGAGGUACUGGAAAUUCCCCUUACUGCCACCCCUCUCAAUGUCACGAUUAUGACCAAGACCUCAGUCAAAGAAAGACAGAAAACCACUGCAAGCCCAAAUCAAGUGAGCUCUUCAGCCUCUGUUUUGGAGAAAGUCUCUAUCUCCGAAACCUUCUGGAAGUCUGUUCCAAAGAACAGUGCUUAUUGGAAUAGGAAGUUUCAUUCCAUGCUCAGGGUUCUAGACCAUAUGGAGAAUGUGACAAGCCAUGAGUCACCUGACAGGUUUCACUGCAUGAGGGAAAGUGAUGAAUCAUUGCAUUUGAACAUCCCAGACUUCAACUCUUACCCUGCUCUUUAUCAGGACUUUCUGCAUAGUAUGGCAUGCCAUGACUCACAGAUUGUCAUUGACCAGCCCAACAAGUGUGGCUUAGACAAUGGGGAUGAUCAUGUCUUUCUUCUAUUUGCCAUCAAAUCCACUCCACAGCAUUUUAUGCAACGACAGGCAGUCCGGGACACUUGGGGAAAGGAAGGUGUUUAUCUCAAUGGGCUACGAGUAAGGACGGUUUUUCUCCUUGGCAGGUCUCAUGUGGACGAUCCUAAUCUAGAUAAACUCAUUUCUUUUGAGGCUAAGGAGUUUGGUGAUCUCCUCAUUUGGGAUUUCCAAGAUUCCUUUUACAACCUGACACUCAAAGAGAACGUAUUCUUCAAGUGGUUGCUGCAGAGCUGUCCCCGUGUCUCCUUUGUUUUUAAAGGCGAUGACGAUGUUUUUGCCAACACACAUGCAAUACUCAACUAUCUAAAGACUCUGAACCCUACCAUGGCAUCCAAACUGUACACUGGUCAAAUAAUUUCGCAAGCCAGCCCCCUGCGUGACCGCAAGAACAAAUACUAUGUUCCACAAUCCUUCUACGAAGGUGCCUAUCCUCCUUACGCUGGUGGAGGAGGCUUCCUCUUUUCUGGUUCCCUUAUUCAUUCCCUUUACUCCAUCUCCAGAUAUAUCCCGUUUUUUCCCAUAGAUGAUGUCUACACGGGGAUGUGUUUCCAAGCACUUGGGAUAUUGCCAGAGAAACACAAAGGCUUUCAAACCUUUGACAUCCGUGAACAGGACCGUGAUAAUGCCUGUGUGCACAGAGACCUGCUCCUGGUGCACCAGCGAGAUCCUCAACAGACCACACGACUCUGGAGGGCCAUGCAUAGUCCACUCCUGACCUGCUGAUUUACUCUCAGAUCUGAACAUAUCCCUAUUGUUCUGCUAUGGCAACAGAAAAGAGAUGCUGAGACUCUGAGCCUGCUCCAAGCCCUAGUAACUAUGCUGUUAUGGGUGAAUGGCUGGUGACGGCUGGUGUCACUGUGUCAGACUUUGUGUCACGUUCUCUGGAAGGGUCCAUGCAUGAAAUGUCUUUGUCUUGUUUUCUUGAAUAAUCUGUAUUUACAUGUGAAUAGGUUUGGUGGCUUUGGCCAGAAAUGAAGUGUGCCUCUGCAGCUUUCAGCUUUGAAAAUAUUUAUAAUUAGAAUGAACUUAAUCAAAAGAAAGCUGAUGGGACAAGCUGCACAUUUUUAUGCUGUGUCUGAAUGCGUUUAGA